AUGGGAAAUGAGGCAAGUUAUUCUUUGGAAAUGUGCUCAAAGUUUGGUGCAGAUGAAAUUAAAACGUUAGGAAAAAGAUUUAAGAAGCUUGAUUUGGGCAGUUUUGGUUCUUUGAGUGUGGAAGAGUUCAUGUCUCUGCCUGAGUUACAACAGAAUUCUUUAGUACAGCGAGUAAUAGAGAGAUUCGACACAGAUGGGAAUGGAGAAGUAGAUUUCAAAGAAUUUAUCCAGGGAGUCUCUCAGUUCAGUGUCAAAGGAGAUAAGCAGCAGAAGUUAAGGUUUGCUUUUCCUAACUAUGACAUGGAUAAGGAUGGCUAUAUUUCCAAUGGGGAACUCUUCCAGGUGUUGAAGAUGAUGGUGGGGAACAAUCUGAAAGAUACACAGUUACAGCAAAUCGUAGACAAAACCAUAAUAAAUGCAGAUAAGGAUGGAGAUGGAAGAAUAUCCUUUGAAGAAUUCUGUGCUGUUGUAGGUGGCCUAGACAUCCACAAAGAGAUGGUGGUAGAUGUGUGACUCUUUUUAAAGAGUACCACCCAACACUUUUGCUUUCUCAUCCAUCUCUGAAGAUCUGCUCAAGAUGCCCAGCAAUGCUCUCUGUGUAUUUAAAUGGAAGUAUUUUUCUCUGUGAAGCCACGUUUUCCAACAUGAGCCUCAUGAAGCCAACCAAGUGUUAUUGAACUCUUACUCUCUGAAUGACUCAGUGUAGCACUUUAAAGUCUGAAGAACAGCAACAUGAAAAGAGCAUAUCAAUGUGGUGGAGAAAGGGAAGG